CAAACAACCAAUCAGCUUUCAGGAUUCAGCCAAUCAUGGAACAACCAAUCAGCUUUCAGGAUCCCUUUUCGGAUUAGAAAUGAUCGAUUAAGGAGUGGAAGUGAAAAGUGUGGAUGCUGAUAAGGAGGGGGGUGGGUGCUAAAUUCCUACACCUUUCCUAAGCCAUGUCACAGCAACGGGUCCUACCCCAAAGUAAAGAAACCCUCCUCCAGUCCUACAACAAGCGGCUGAAAGAUGAUGUCAAAUCCAUCAUGGACAACUUUACAGAAAUCAUCAAGUCCGCAAAGAUUGAAGAAGAAACCCAAGUGUCUCGCGCAACCCAAGGCGAACAGGAUAACUAUGAGAUGCACGUCAGAGCGGCAAAUAUUGUCCGAGCUGGCGAGUCCCUCAUGAAGCUGGUCUCCGACCUGAAGCAAUUCUUAAUCCUUAAUGACUUUCCUUCGGUCAACGAAGCCAUCAACCAACGCAAUCAGCAAUUGCGGGCCCUGCAGGAGGAAUGCGACAAGAAACUGAUCGCGCUGCGGGAUGAAAUCUCGGUUGACCUCUACGAACUGGAAGAGGAGUAUUACUCUUCCAGCUUGUACCUCUCUUUUUGGCAAUUUAUCUGCGAUUUUUUGCAAUUUCCGUUGGCUUCCGAGCAGGGGCUGCUAGAGGAGUGAAGGAAUAAAUUGGGGCAGGGUUUGGGAAAUUUACCCCCUACAAAAUACAGGUAGUCCUUGACUUAACGACCAAAUCGAGCCCAACAUUUCUGUUAAGUGAGUUUUGCCUCUUUUUUUUUUUUUUUACAACAUUCCUUGCCACGUUUGUUCAGUUAAUCACUGCAAUCGAUAUGUGAAUAACCUGCUUGUUAAGUGAAUCCAGCUUCCCCAUUGACUUUGCUUGUCAGAAGGUCGUAAAAGGAGAUCACAUGACACCCGCCCCUGGGACAUUGUGUUGUGUCUUGCCCGCUCUCACAGCAGCCGGGGCCUUCUUAUCUGCUCCCGAACACGGAGGAAUGUAUGCCUCCCGGCCCCAGUCCUGGCUCCAUGCCCAGACAAGCUGAAGAGGAGGGGGCACCUCCCGGUCCCAGCCCUGGCUCUAUGCCCAAGCAGGCUGCAGAGGAGGGAGCACCCCCCGGCCCCAGCCCUGGCUCCAUGCCCAGGCAAACGGAGCAGCUAGACCCCUCCCCCUCCUCCACAGCAUGUGAGCCUGAGGAAAGUUUAUUUCCAACAGCUGCUGAUUGGAGUGACCCUCGCGUCAGAAGGCUGGAUAGGCGGAGGCAACAGAAGGAAGGGAGGGGCAGGCCUUAAUGAGUGCUGAGUCAUGGAGCCACACCCCAUGGCCUAUAUAAAGGAUCUGCUUUCUGGCAGUCUCUGAGUCAGGCAAAGUUUAAACAUAUCUUGCUGAAGUCACUUUCUGGUCUCCUGCCUGCUCUGAGGACUUUGCUAGGACUUUGGGCAGAGCUGCAGAGGCACGCCUGAUUCGGAUUUCCCUGACCCGGCCGUCAGCGGAGGAGUGGGACACGACACAUUGCGACGGUCAUAAUAUGAGUCAGUUCUUUCACUAUCUGAAUUUUGAUCGUGUGACAACACCACCCCGGGACGCAACGUCUGUAAGGGUGAAAAGCAGUUCAUAAGUUGCUUUUUGUCAGUGUCAUAACUCCGAACGGUCACUAAAUGAACUGUUGUAAGUCGAGGACCAUCUGUAAAUAGAGGAAAGAGGAACCAAAGGCCACUGGAUAAAAAAACAACUGUUUUUCCCCCUUUAAAAUCUCCCCAGCUGUGAUUCCCUUUUGUGACCCUCUGUCCUGCCAAAUUAAGGGGGGAGAAGCCCGAUUCACUGAACAAUCCACGUUACUAACGGAAAAGCUGCCAUGAUGAUCCCCUUAACAGCGGUGGCAAGAAAGGUCGUAAAACGAGCCAACUUUCACUUAACGGCUGUCUGUCUCACUUAGUAGCAAGAGAAAUCCUGAUCUGAAUUGUCAUAAGUCCAGGACUGCCUGUAGGAUGAAUAUAUAUAUAUAUAUAUUUGUUUUCUGAGGUUUUCGCGGGUGUUUGUAUGUAGGUCUUUGGUUAUUCGGGUUUUCUCCCGCGUAAAAUUGGAAGUGUCUUGGCGACGUUUCGACGAAAUCCCAUUCGUCAUCAUCAGGCUAGGUGCUUACAGCUUCCUAUUUCUAGGAGAAAUGUACGAUCGCUGCUGUUUCUUCCUUUUAACUGCUAGUGGGGGUUUGAACUGAUUGGUUGGGAGCUGAUUGGGUGGAGGUGUGUUUGGUGGUUGGGAGUUUGGCUGUGCUCUAAUUUCUCCUAGAAAUAGGAAGCUGUAAGUACCUAGCC